GCGACCUAGCUCCGCAGAGACUGCGGUGGUAAAGCACAGAAGCUGCUCCUGGGCAGCUGCUGACAGUGUGCUGAAUGCUGUUACUGCGGGUCGUUGGUCCGGCUUUCAGUGCCCUGCGGACAACUUGGACAUUUCCGUAUCUUCUCAGUUUGUGGAGAGUGAGGGGCAGCAAGGCAGCGCCAUGUAGAUGACGGCGGCACUGAGAUGUGUCAGUGGGGACCACGCCUUGCUCUCACUGGCGGCCAUGUUGCAUUCUCAUUGCUGAAGAUUGCACCGCUUCAUUAUCAACAGCAAAGAAAUUUGAGAAGGACAAUUUGUUUGGGAGCUUUUCUCACGUGACCUUUAGAGGUCCGCAUUUAAGCCCAGAGUAUUGUGCUAUUUACCAGGACAGACAAAAUGCCGAAGCCGAUCAAUGUACGUGUUACUACCAUGGACGCAGAGCUAGAGUUUGCCAUUCAACCAAGUACAACUGGCAAGCAACUCUUUGAUCAGGUUGUAAAAACUGUUGGCCUCCGAGAGGUGUGGUUCUUUGGCCUGCAGUAUAUCGACAGCAAAGGAUAUACCACGUGGCUGAAGCUAAACAAAAAGGUUACUCAGCAGGAUGUACGAAAAGAGAGUCCUCUACAAUUUAAGUUUAGGGCCAAGUUCUUUCCAGAAGAUGUGUCUGAGGAGUUGAUUCAGGAGAUAACGCAACGCUUAUUCUUCUUGCAAGUGAAAGAGGGUAUUCUUAAUGAUGAAAUCUACUGUCCACCAGAAACUGCAGUCCUACUUGCUUCUUAUGCUGUGCAGGCUAAAUAUGGCGAUUUCAACAAAGAGGUUCACAAAUCUGGCUAUCUAGCUAGUGAUCGGCUUCUUCCCCAGCGUGUCUUGGAGCAGCAUAAGUUGACGAAAGAGCAGUGGGAAGAAAGAAUACAGACUUGGCAUGAAGAACACAGAGGAAUGCUGAGGGAAGAUUCAAUGAUGGAAUACCUGAAGAUUGCUCAAGAUCUUGAAAUGUAUGGUGUCAAUUACUUUGAAAUAAAGAACAAAAAGGGAACAGAGUUAUGGCUGGGUGUUGAUGCUCUUGGACUUAAUAUCUAUGAACAUGAUGAUAAAUUAACACCAAAAAUUGGGUUCCCUUGGAGUGAAAUAAGAAAUAUCUCUUUUAAUGACAAAAAGUUUGUCAUUAAACCAAUUGAUAAGAAAGCUCCAGAUUUUGUAUUUUAUGCCCCACGCCUGCGAAUCAAUAAAAGAAUUCUAGCACUCUGUAUGGGAAAUCAUGAACUCUAUAUGCGAAGAAGAAAACCUGACACUAUUGAAGUACAGCAAAUGAAGGCACAGGCCCGAGAAGAAAAACAUCAGAAACAAUUGGAAAGGGCACAGCUUGAAAAUGAAAAGAAGAAGCGAGCGAUGGCAGAAAAGGAAAAAGAGAGGAUAGAACAAGAGAAGGAGGAGCUAAUGGAACGACUUAAACAAAUUGAAGAACAAACUGCCAAGGCUCAGAAAGAGUUAGAAGAUCAAACACGUAGAGCUUUAGAACUUGAGCAGGAAAGGAGAAGAGCUAAAGAAGAUGCUGAGAGACUAGAAAAAGAACGUCGCAUUGCAGAAGAAGCAAAAGCUGCCUUGGCCAGACAGGCUGAAGAUCAGAUGAAGAAUCAAGAACAUCUGGCUGCUGAACUUGCUGAAUUUACAGCCAAAAUUGCACUUCUGGAGGAUGCCAAGAGGAAGAAGGAAGCAGAGGCUACUGAAUGGCAGCAGAAAGCUGUAACAGCUCAGGAGGACUUAGAAAAAACUAAGGAGGAAUUGAAAAUUGUGAUGACGGCUCCACCACUGCCACCACCACCAGUUAUUCCACAAGCUGAGAAUGAGCAUGAUGAUGAGCAAGAUGAGAACAAUGCUGAAGCCAGUGCUGAACUGCUAUCUGAAGGAAUAGCAAACCAUCGCAGUGAGGAGGAACGCAUUACUGAAACACAAAAGAAUGAGCGUGUAAAGAAACAACUGCAGGCACUCAGUUCUGAAUUGGCCCAUGCCCGUGAUGAGACGAAGAAAACUGUAAAUGAUGUCAUCCAUGCUGAAAAUGUUAAGGCAGGCCGUGACAAAUAUAAAACCCUCCGACAGAUACGGCAAGGCAACACAAAACAGCGAAUUGAUGAGUUUGAAGCUAUGUGAAAAGUGCAGUUACUUUAUAUUAUGUUCUUUAAACAGCUGAACCAACAGCAGAGGAACAAACAGCACUGUACUGCUGAUAAGAGUAGUGUUUCAUCUUGCCAAAGUAUUGUAUCAGCUAUACCUGAGUUAGAUGUAAAUUUGUAAGGCAGUUGGUAAAUGCCCUUUAAGCAUUUAAUAGAACAAUUAAUAGGACUUGGUUGGAACUAGUCAGGAAAUACUGAUUUAUUUUUCCCCCAAUAAUAGACAUGUUUAAUUUCAGUGAAAUGCAUGUCUGAAGUCUGCCUUGGUUUCUGUAGCUUGCCAUUAGAGGUGUAUAAAAUUUAAUAUGGAACAGUUGGUACGUCUGAGGGCUUGAGCAAACUGCCUUAAGAUGAUGGGAGGGCUGUAAAAUUUAUCUAAAUUUCAGUAACUGAGAUUUGACAUUAACUGAAUAUUGUGUUGUAUUAGAUUGAGCAUCUUUCUGAAGGUUGGUGUUUCGUGUCCUGUCAUCAUAGAUGGUUUUCUUUGCCUACCUGUUCACAAAGACUUGCUCAACAGAUAGUCGUCCUGUUGGAAGCUCGGACCAGCUAUUUGCUCAAGGCACAGCAAGCAAUGCGUUGGCAUAAGAUUUCUGUGUCUGUAUUGACCAAACUGAAAUGCAACAUAUUAGCGAACAAAUUUUCAUGUCGGGCCUUUCUGGCAGGGGAGCAUAUGAAAACAUCAGUCCCAAGGAGGGGACAGUAUACUACCUCAAUAUUAUACACAUGAUGAAUGGCCAGUUAAACACCCUCUUUAAAUUUUCUGCAAGAUAUUGUAAUUUUUAAUCUUGCACUUUGCUUCUUUGUCACGCUCCUUUCCCUAAAACUGAAUUAAUGUUGCAAUACUUGUAUGUGUUGAUCAGACUACUCAAUGUUUUACAUGCAAAAUGGCACAGGAGGCUUUUGUAUUCCAUGUAAUAUUUCUGCUGGUACCCAGGUGGUGGGCGUUUCGCUCUGCUUGCAGGAGAAUGGGUAAAUGUAUGUGCACAUUUCAGGUGAAUGAUGCUUCGAGGUAAUAAGUUCACUUGUACUUGAUGCAAGUUUAAGCGGCAAAUUACAGUAGGAAGAACACUGCAUGUUGUUUGACAAUUGGCUGUCUGUUAAACUUGCCACAUUUCUUGAACUAAACCAAGCAUUUGAUCAGUAGUCAUUUACUGUAAUUUAGAUUUGGUGCUCUUGCUUCCUCUGUACUUGGUUCAGCUAAAUUUCCAUUGGUAUUAUGCACUCAUAAAUCAGCAUUUAUUAUCUGUAAUGGUUUAUUGCAAUGCCAUUUAUAGUUGAGCAUUUAACAUGCAUCGUAGGCUAAAGAUAAUGGGCAAUUCUAUUGCGCUUUUGUGGCUGUUAUUGCAGAUUAAGUUUUGACUUAUGUCAUGAAUAAACAUCUAGUUUCUGGUAAUUGCAGGUGAUAUUUCUGUUUUUAUUGUAUGCUGAGGGACAACUGGCGAUUCUUGAAGACUGGUUCCGAAUGUUGUGUACAUCAAACAUUAAGUAUUUCUAAUUGCAGUGGAAGAGCACACUGUUUUGGUGCAUCAAGAACAUUCGCUGAGGCAUGUCAAUAUUUUAUCAUGUUCAUGCACUUUGCAAGUUGAAAUACUAUCCUUCCAAUGGACAUUUUUCCUGAAAUGUGUACACUGAUGUUGCAUCUGUGUAUUGGUAUCAGUGUUGGAUAAUACAACUACUUGUAUUUGCAAUUCAAUGGCUAUGUGAGUUAGUUUGAGAAUGUUCAACUAUUAAGCUGUAUGGCUAAUAAUGCAACCAUUAGCAGUAUACAACAUUAAUAUAAAAUGCAUUAGUUUGUUUCUUCCAAAAUUAACUUUACAAAUGCUUUACCCUGGCCCCACAUACUGUGUUCAACAAUGAGCGUAACUAUUUUGAACAACAAUGAUUGGUUCACUAUUUUUCAAAAAAAGUAAAAGCAGUUCUAGUGCACACAUUCGGUAAAUUUAUGCUUUCUUGUUCAAGGAUUAUUUAAGUGGCAAGGUGAUAGCGAACUUGAGUGAUUUGUAAGCUAUUAACCUAUUGAGGUAUGAAGCAAUGCUUGUCUACUGGGAACUCGACUCUGGUAUUGUGUAGCAUUCUGAAAUACAUGACUUCUUUUAUUUUUAGCAGAGAACAUAGAUGUUCCAAUCCCACCUAAACAUAGUGCAGUAAUACAAUUUUUAAAAAUUGUGGAAACCUGCUAACAUCUUCAUUAUGAUCCAACCUGUUCUCAGGAUUAACUUUUUUGGCUAUUCUGUUUGAAAAUGCUGGUUCACCACCUGAAACUAUCUGGGAAUGUACCUUCUCAAUAUUUCUAUUCCAGUGCAUGGAGUCUAAAUGGAAUAUAUCUCCGCUUAACAUGCAUAUUUAAGCUGUUCUGGGAUAAAUUGUGGAUCUGCAUUCAUAGGUUUAUGUGAAAUACUUGGGCUUCCUAGCAAAACAAUUGCAUUGUGUAGCUUCUAGUUUUCAUUUGCAGCAGAAAUCCUUUUUGUUGUAAAGAUUUGAACAGUACUUGGUAUUGUGAUCACUUUUUCAUUACUAAUAGGAGAACCAUCCUAAUAAAAAUCAAAGUUGAAAUCAUAUGAAACCAGACUGUGUAAGAUAGUGAAAAUGUUCUCCUCUUCAUUCUUCAGAUUUGUUUUAACAUAUCCAGCUUCUGAAUUUGGUUUGGAUUUGCUAUCUUGACUUGGGAGCCCCUCCACUUAAAUUAACCAAUUCUGACCUCUGCUGGAGAAUAGGAAGAAGUGAAGUAAGAAUGUAAUUUUAUGGUUGAUUUAAUAAACAAGUAUUUGAGAA